AUGUCUGCUUCUUUAAGACGUCUCUUUACAUCACUUCUUACGCUUUGCAAUCCUAAGCAUCCAAAGUUCUUGUGGGAUAAGUUUAAGGUUUAUAUGUUUGACGACUAUGUACAUCAAAAUGUACCUAAGGAGAUUGCGGAACUACGAGCUUUAGAAGACAUUAGUUCUAUUUUGGAAUCAUUAGGUAAGAACAUAAAUGAUUAUGCCAUGGUGCCAUUCAAUGUAAAUAUAGAUGAAACUGAAAGGUUGAGAAGAAUGGUUGAAGAGGAGACAACUAAUUUUGAUAUUGAAGGGCGUCUUGCUUGUGCUACAACAUUAAAUAAAGAACAACAGUUUGCAUACGAUAUAAUUAUGGAAAAAGUAAAAUCAGAAUCGAGUGGUGCUUUCUUCAUUGACGGUCUAGGUGGGACAGGAAAAACAUUUGUAUAUAAAGCGUUCCUAACUGGUGUAAGGUCACAAAAUUUAAUUGCUGUGGCAAUUACAUCAUCUGGAGUAUCUGCAUCUCUUUUACCUGGAGGCCGAACGGCUUAUUCAAGAUUUAAAAUUCAUUUGGAAACAGUUGCUGAAAUAAGCUGUUCUGUUAGCAAGCAAUCGACUUUAGGAAAUUUGUUGAAAAUGCCUAGGUUGAUCAUUUGGGAUGAAGCGCCGAUGGUAAAUCAUUUUGCUGUUGAAUCUGUAGAUAAGAUGCUUAGAGAUAUUACCGAUUGUAACUUGCUUUUUGGUGGAAAAGUAAUAGUUUUUGGAGGAGAUUUUCGUCAAAUUCUACCAGUGGUGCCAAAAGGGAAAAAACGACAUAAUGAAAGCUAA